AUGGUUGUCACUCCAAAGAGAGGCUAUGAGAAGACAGAUGAUGUUUCAGAGAAAACUUCUCUAGCUGAUCAAGAGGAACUGAGAACUAUAUUCAUCAAUCAGCCCCAGCUAACCAAAUUCUGCAAUAAUCAUGUCAGCACUGCAAAGUACAACAUAAUCACAUUCCUGCCAAGGUUCCUUUAUUCCCAGUUCAGAAGAGCUGCUAAUGCAUUUUUUCUUUUUAUUGCAUUACUUCAGCAAAUACCAGAUGUAUCACCGACAGGCCGUUACACAACAUUGGUCCCUCUUUUAUUUAUUUUAGCUGUCGCUGCAGUGAAGGAGAUAAUAGAGGAUAUUAAAAGGCAUAAAGCUGAUAAUGCAGUGAACAAGAAACAAACUCAAGUACUACGAAAUGGUGCAUGGGAGAUUGUCCACUGGGAAAAGGUGGCAGUAGGGGAAGUAGUGAAAGUGACCAAUGGGGAACAUCUCCCAGCUGAUCUCAUCAGUCUGUCAUCAAGUGAACCACAAGCUAUGUGCUACAUUGAAACAUCUAACUUAGAUGGUGAGACAAACUUAAAAAUUCGACAGGGUUUGCCACUAACAUCAGACAUAAAGGACAUAGAAAACCUGAUGAGACUUUCAGGCAGAAUAGAAUGUGAGAGCCCAAACCGACAUCUCUAUGACUUCGUUGGAAACAUCAGACUGGAUGGGCAUGGUACUGUUCCGUUGGGAUCUGAUCAGAUUCUGCUACGAGGAGCUCAGCUGAGAAAUACUCAGUGGGUUCAUGGGAUAGUUGUCUAUACGGGACAUGACACAAAACUUAUGCAGAAUUCAACAAGUCCACCUCUUAAAAUGUCUAAUGUGGAACGAAUUACGAAUAUUCAGAUUUUGAUUCUGUUCUGCAUCCUUAUUGCCAUGUCUUUGAUUUGCUCAAUUGGUUCAGCUAUAUGGAAUCAAAGGCAUACUGGGAGAGACUGGUAUCUUGAUCUAAACUAUGGUGGAGCAAGCAACUUUGGAUUGAAUUUCUUGACUUUUAUCAUACUCUUCAAUAAUCUUAUUCCAAUCAGUUUGUUGGUUACACUUGAAGUUGUUAAAUUUAUCCAGGCUUAUUUCAUAAAUUGGGAUGUAGACAUGCACUAUGAGCCUACAGACACUGCUGCGAUGGCUCGUACUUCUAAUCUCAAUGAAGAACUUGGACAGGUCAAAUACAUAUUUUCUGACAAAACGGGUACCCUGACAUGCAACGUCAUGCAAUUUAAGAAGUGUACUGUAGCAGGAAUUGCUUAUGGCCAUUGCCCUGAGCCUGAGGAUUAUAGUGUUCCUUCAGAUGAUUGGCAGGGCUCACAAAAUGGAGAAGAAAAAACAUUUAGUGACACAUCAUUACUGGAGAAUCUUCAAAACAAUCAUCCAACUGCACCUAUAAUAUGUGAGUUUUUGACAAUGAUGGCAGUGUGUCAUACAGCAGUUCCAGAAAGAGAAGGUGAUAAAAUUAUAUAUCAAGCAGCAUCUCCAGAUGAAGGAGCAUUGGUCAGAGCAGCCAGGCAUCUUCGUUUUGUAUUCACUGGAAGGACACCUGACUCAGUAAUCAUAGAGUCUCUGGGACAGGAAGAGAGAUAUGAACUGCUAAAUGUCCUGGAAUUUACAAGCUCUAGGAAGAGAAUGUCAGUGAUAGUUCGCACACCUUCGGGAAAGUUAAGACUCUACUGCAAAGGAGCCGAUACUGUAAUUUAUGACCGUCUUGCUGAAAGUUCAAAAUACAAAGAAAUCACCUUAAAACAUCUAGAGCAGUUUGCUACAGAAGGCUUAAGAACUCUGUGUUUUGCUGUGGCUGAGAUUUCAGAAAGUGAUUAUCAAGAGUGGUUAGAUGUCUAUCACCGUGCUUCUACAGCUAUUCAAAACAGAGCACUCAAACUUGAGGAGAGCUAUGAACUAAUUGAAAAAAAUCUUCAGCUGCUUGGAGCAACAGCAAUUGAAGAUAAACUACAAGACAAAGUGCCUGAAACCAUAGAGACACUUAUGAAGGCAGACAUAAAAAUUUGGAUACUUACUGGGGACAAACAAGAGACUGCCAUUAACAUCGGUCACUCCUGUAAACUUUUGAGAAAAAACAUGGGACUAAUUGUUAUAAAUGAAGGCUCCCUUGACGGAACGAGAGAGACACUUAGCCAUCAUUGCAGUACUCUUGGUGAUGCUUUAAGGAAGGAAAAUGAUUUUGCUCUCAUCAUUGAUGGUAAAUCUCUGAAAUAUGCUUUGACAUUUGGAGUGAGACAAUAUUUCCUGGAUUUGGCUUUGUCAUGUAAAGCUGUUAUUUGUUGCAGGGUAUCACCACUUCAAAAAUCUGAAGUUGUAGAAAUGGUUAAAAAACAAGUUAAGGUAGUGACUCUAGCAAUUGGUGAUGGAGCAAAUGAUGUUAGUAUGAUACAAACAGCACAUGUUGGUGUUGGUAUUAGUGGGAAUGAAGGUCUACAGGCUGCUAAUUCUUCAGACUACUCAAUUGCUCAGUUCAAGUAUUUGAAGAACUUGUUGCUGGUUCACGGAGCCUGGAAUUAUAACAGAGUAGCUAAAUGCAUCUUGUAUUGUUUCUACAAGAAUAUAGUCCUUUAUAUUAUUGAGGUCUGGUUUGCAUUUGUCAAUGGCUUUUCUGGACAGAUUCUUUUUGAAAGAUGGUGUAUAGGUCUUUACAAUGUGAUGUUUACAGCAAUGCCUCCACUAACUCUUGGAAUAUUUGAGAGAUCCUGCCGAAAAGAAAACAUGCUGAAAUAUCCUGAGUUAUACAAGACUUCCCAGAAUGCACUGGACUUUAAUACUAAGGUUUUCUGGGUUCAUUGUUUAAAUGGCCUCUUCCACUCAUUCAUUCUGUUUUGGUUUCCACUAAAAGCCCUCCAGCAUGGUACCGUAUUUGGCAGUGGUAAAACUUCAGAUUACCUGCUCCUGGGUAACACUGUAUACACUUUUGUGGUUCUAACUGUGUGUUUGAAGGCUGGAUUAGAGACCUCAUAUUGGACUUUGUUCAGCCAUAUAGCUAUCUGGGGCAGCAUAGCACUUUGGGUAGUGUUUUUUGGAAUCUACUCUUCUUUGUGGCCAGUCAUUCCCAUGGCACCUGAUAUGUCAGGAGAGGCAGCUAUGAUGUUCAGUUCUGGAGUGUUUUGGAUGGGACUUCUGUGUAUUCCUAUGACAGCUUUACUUUUUGAUGUAGUAUACAAAGUAGUAAAGAGAACUACUUUUAAGACACUGGUAGAUGAAGUUCAGGAGUUGGAAGCAAAAUCUGAAGAUCCUGGGGCAGUUGUGCAUGGGAAGAGCUUAACUGAAAGAGCCCAACUACUGAAGAACGUUUUUAAGAAGAACCAUGUGAACUUGUAUCGCUCUGACUCGCUGCAGCAAAACUUGCUUCAUGGCUAUGCCUUUUCUCAAGAUGAAAAUGGAAUCGUUUCCCAGUCUGAAGUAAUAAGAGCUUAUGAUACCACGAAACAAAGGCCUGAGGAAUGGUGAAGGAACACAGCUCAAGAUUUAGGCCUUAGUAGUUACUUUUGAGACAGACUACUAGAUCUUUGCUGGGAGCUGUGACCAUGGCCCAGUUAUCAGAUCUAUGAUAGUCUUGUUCCAUAAAGUUUGGAUUUGUGUAUUCAGUAGACAUAAGCACUGUGCAACAAUACUGUAAAACACCAUCUCUAAAUUUUAUAACAAGUAUUUGCUUAGCCUUUGUAAACAGAUUGGAAUUUAUCUUGUAUCUUGCCAGCUUGCUUAUUUUACAAUGAAAGUGAUUCAAUUCUGGUCAUAUACUUGGAAGCAAUGGUCAGAUCGCUAAACAUACUUUACAUAAACAGACCAUUAGCAUCUGUGAAGGUUUUUAAGUGUUAAUAUAUUUAAAUAUGGUUGAUAACAAGCCUUUGAUUUCAACAAGUGCUGAAAAAAAUACCAUCUUAAUGGUGUUCAUUCACCUUCAAGAAAAAUUUUGAGUCAAGAUGUUUAUAGACAUUUGUGUCAAACAAACCUAAAAACAUUUGCCAAAGAAGUUCCAUAAAUGUCUUCUGUUGUUAGAAAUAAUUUUAAAAGAAAUUAACUCCAGUCCUGAUCUCAGAACUACAUGCUUGAGUCUCCACACUUGAGGAGAAAGAUUUACAGUACAGUGUGUCUGGCCUUUAUGGCAUUUGCUUUCAAAACUGCAAGUCUUUGCACCUUUGGCCUUAUACAAGCUUUCCCCUUAUUUUCAUUUAGUAUUGCAUAUGUUGAAAAUGGCUGCCACCUUGAAAAUUUGAGUACACAUAUUAUUUUGUUCAAUUUUUAAUAAUUGCUCUGCCUUACUUCCCUUUAGCAAACAUUAAUUAUUUUUGCGAUGCUUAGUUGUAUCUGCUUACACUGUAGGUUCAAAAGAAAAUUUGUUUUAACUUAUUUUUUAAAAAGUUAAAUUUUGAGUUUUUUAUAUUAAAUUAUUUGAAAUGUAUACACUGAAAUAGAGAGCAAAGCAUGCCCUUCACUAGUCUGUGGUAUGUACUGUUUUAUUUGCACUAAAUCCACUUCCUAUAAAGGUGUGAAAUACAUUGCAGCAGCCUCUUUACAACUUACUGGUCAUGCAGAAUACCUGUAUACUCUCACCUUUAAUGAAGAAUGGAGAGGAAGUGACUGCAGAAAAAGAUAGAUGCCUGGUUUAAGGAAAAAAAAAAGAGGGAGGUGUUAAAUGAGAACAUUGUGAUGGCUUUUUAAAGUAGUUAUAAAUGGUAUUUCUCAGCUUCCCAUGCAACAACCAUCAGGUUU